AUGUCUGGUCUAAUGAGCAAGCGCCAGCAGGCGCGGAAUGAAAAGGCUCUGCAAGAUCUCGUGCAGAAUGUUCCGGGAAAUAAUAUGUGCGCAGACUGCCAUGCGCGUAAUCCAGCAUGGGCAUCAUGGAGUCUGGGCGUUUUCUUAUGCAUGAGAUGUGCUGCAAUCCACCGAAAGCUUGGUACUCACAUUUCCAAAGUCAAGUCCUUGAGUAUGGACAGCUGGACCAACGAGCAAGUCGAUAACAUGAGGAAGGUUGGAAAUAUCACAUCGAAUAACUUAUACAACCCCGAACAUGGCAAACCGCCUGUGCCCGUUGACGUUGACGAAGCCGAUUCCGCGAUGGAACGAUUCAUUCGACAGAAGUAUAUGAACAAUACUGUUAAAGGAACGGGAAAAUCCAAGCCUCCGCAUAUGGGCGAGGGAACACCUCCACCGUUGCCGCCUAAGAACUCAAAGUUCGGAUUCCGAUCUGCCUCAUCCAUCUUUCCCCUGUCCUCCAAAUCGAAGAAGGAUGCCAAAACAAUAGCGGUUGCUCAAGCUAGUCGCACCGAAUCUCCAAGACCGCCCAACAAGCCGUCAAAGGUUUUCGGCGCAACACUGGAUCUCGACCAACCUGAUGAGCUGGACCAGAAGAUGGCCAGGCUACAAGACAUGGGUUUUCAGGAUGCUAAGAGGAAUGCCUUGGUGCUGAAAGGUGUGAAUGGCAACCUUGAAAGGGCGAUUGAAACUCUUGUCCGACUGGGCGAGGGAAGUGGCCGUCCCUCUCCUCUUCCUACACCUUCACCUCGAGAACAGACUCUGCGUACAUCAAGGUCCUUGACACCUCUUACACCGAAUUCUGGAGGGCUAGGGCUCGGCGCAGGCCUCAGCGUACCUUCUCGUUCAGCCACAGACCGUCCGACUACUCCAUCGAGUGCUUCAACAAACCCGUUUGAUAACCUAGGCACAGCUCCACCGCAGACAGCUCAAUCGACAGGAAGUCUUCAAAACCGGAACCCAUACGGCCAGACGAAUCCAUUUGGUGCACCUGUCGCCCAGGAGCAACAGCCGACCGAUGCCUUUAGCCAGGCAUUUCAAAAUAUGUCACUCUCCCCACAGCAGCCUUUGUUUCCUCACCAUACUGGAGGACCGGCCCCGCAACCUGUCCAGCAGCUUGCCGGAUACCAGCAAGUGGCCCCUUCGGCACCUACGACUCCUGGCGGUUUCUCUAGCUUGGGUUUCAACAACAACAACAUGACAUACCCUCAGCCACUUCAAGCGCAGUCGACAGGAUACAACCCUUUCUUCACGAACCAGACUGCUGUAGUGCACCAGCAGCCUCAACAGUCAAAUAAUCCUUUCCCCCAAGUCAACACCAACCAAGCGUCCGCAGGAUACAAUCCAUUUACCCGAUCUCCAACUCGGAUAGCAUCGCCCAGUCUUGGCCAGAUCCCAGAGCAAACACAGAGCUCUUUCCAGAACCCGGCCGUAUAUCAGGCCUCUGCGGUAUAUCAAAGUUCUGCUGUAUAUCAGAGCCCGGUACCUCUGAGUCCCCCUGAAACUACUACAAACCCUUUCUUCGCGAAUGCUGGCCAGCCCACAGUGCAGGCAGCACAGCAAGUCUUUGGUCAGCAGCCUGCUAUGCAGCCGAUGCAGAAUCAGGCCCAAGCGAGCAACAAUCCAUUUGCCCAUCAACAGACUGGGCAGCAGUUCUAUGGGCAACAGCAGAUGCCACACAUGCAACAGCAACAGCAACAGCAGUUCUACCAGCCCCAGAGACCCGACAACGCCUCGAUCAUGGCGCUCUUCAACAAUUACCCGCAAGCGACUCCCCAGCAAGCAAGCGUCGAUUCAACACAGUCUUACCAGACAGCACAAGCCCAUCAGCCACAACAGCCAACCAUACCCGAGAACCAACCAAUGGCUCCCGUGCAGCAGAACCAAAAUGUCCCCCCACCAAUGUCAUCUGGAACAAAUCCGUUCAUGACAAACAUAUCUGCUGCCAACUCCAUCGCGAGCCCAAACGCCACGACUACUUCAGACCCUUUUGCUGCCCGGAGCCGAGAGAGUAUGAAUCUUGGUAUGGACCUCGCAUGGACAAAUGGCCGACACAGCCCGGAUGCAUUUGCAAGCCUCAGUGCCCGUCACGGAUAA